AGCCGGCAGCACAUCGGCCCUAACGACGCUGCCGCAGUCAAAACCCGCACAGAGGUUUGACUAGAACACACCGAACCGCUUAGCAGUCAAAAGCAGUUCCUACCUUCGUGGAAGUGUUAAGUCUAUAUCCGAAUGUAAGGCUCUAAUCGCUAGCUAGCAGCCUGGCUGCUAGCUACCAUGCUAACCGUGUUAGCCAGCAGCACCGUGUCCGAUUCUGAGCCAGCGGGUUGGGGAAUCGCUUUCGAACUGGCGUCUACAUCUCGGUGUGGAAUCAUUUUGGACUCCCCAUUUCUGAAUCGGAUUAUUCCUGGCCACCAGCCGCCUGCGGCCUUUUAAUGCAAGACCAGCAGCUGAAUAGGACGCCUGUCUGACCAGAACAAGGUAAAAGAUCGAAUGUGUGUCCAAGGCAGCGCUGAUCAAAUGCCCGUCUUCCUGAGUCAUGCUGUCCAACCAUCUUUUGUCUAAAGGGACCAAGAUGAAAGUCAACUUGGAGGACCAGGGCCGUCAGAAAGUGUCCUUUAGCUUCUCGCAGACAAAGAAGCCUCUGCAGAGUGUCUUCAUCAUCCCCGAGAAACCUGCCGCAGAGCUUCCUGCUUCUGCUGUGACAACCUCAGACAAAGAACGGGAGAAUGCAGAGUUGAAGCUGCCUCACACUGUAUCAUCUUCACUGUCUGAGGCCAGUUCAAGAAAAGCAGUUUCAUCAGCCACUAAGCUUAAAACAAACUUGGCAAAGCUUCAGUCCAAGAUUGACGUGCUUGGUUCUGAGCAGUCAACUAGUGACGCUGGUGUCGUGGCCUUUAGUUUUAAGACGACAGCCGGUGUCCAUUCCUCUGAAACUAGUCCGCCUGAGUCAUCUGAGACCAGGCAAGGUGUCGACUCCAAGAAUCCAACUCCAUCCUCAGGAAAGGCUGCAGAGGGAUCCAGUAAAGUGCAGGAAAAUGUCUGCAAAAAGGACGUCAAAUCUCACCCUGAUCGCGCACCACCUGGCUCAGACUCUGACAGUGACUCGCUUCAAACCCCCUCCUGCCGUAAAUCCUCUGAUUUUAAAAGCAAAACAAGCCUGGACUGCAGUGGCAGAGCGGCGAAAAAGUCUUCCUCUGGAUCACAUGCAGACGAAAGGGAAAGAAGCUCCACAAAGCGACCCGACAAUUAUGAAAGGUCCUCCAGUCGCUCUAGAUCGGACCGCGACUCUAGACACACGUGCUCUCGCUCUUCGAGAUCGGAAAAGGAUCGGUGGCGGUCCAGGUCCCGAUCUAGGUCUAGAUCUCGAGGCUCCAGAACAAGUUCAUCACACUCCAGGUCGGACAGAUGCAGAGGUGAAAGAGGAUCCCGCUCCGACAGGUCUUAUUAUCACGACUCUGAUCGAAGAUCUUACAGAAGUCCACCACGCAGGGACAGAAGACGCUCUCGUUCUCGAAAUGACCGGACCAAGGAUAGCUCUGACUCUGAAGAGGACCACAGGAAGACAAGGACGAGGACCAGCGACUCCAUUCGGACCGCCACCUAUUCAAGUUCACAUAAAGAGUCAAAGUCCUCGUCUCAUUCCAAAUCCGAGAAACCCUCCAAAGCAGUAGAUUCUCCUUAUUCCUCUGGGUCCGACAGGCGGACGUAUUCUUCGAGGUCAGAAAGGUCAUCAAAGCGGCUUUCGGACUCGGAUUCAAAGCAGAGGUCUUCACCACAUCGAGACUCGUCGUAUCAGAAGACCGGCAGCUAUCGCAGGCCCGAGACAAACAGCAAAAGCUCUUCUAGUCAUCACACUUACUCUCGUCACCAAAAGAGCAACUCGACAGACUCUGACGCAAAUCACAAGAAAACAUCACAGACGGCUGAGAAGUGCUCGAGCGCUGCUGAAAUCUCCACAAGUGUGGAACACAGACCCUCCAAGGAGCCGAUUCAAGUCCACCCCUCACUGGACAGACAACCAAGCGACUCAAAUGUAAGAAUCCCAAAAGCGUUCCUGCAUAGUUUCGUAGCUGAAACGCAGCGUCAGACUAGUGAAGGUCAGAGAGGUGGUCACGGUUGUCCAGGACAACAGGAGAAUAAACCGUGCACAUCAUUACAAGGUUCUCCUACAGUGGAACCGGUCGGAUCAAUUGAAUCCGUUUGUGAUCUAAAAUCAACUUCACAUGACGACAUGAAACCACUCUGCGCUGAUGACCGGACCAAACAGGAAGAACAUAUGAUAUCGGUCUCAUACAUUAGUAGAGCUACAGAAUUGCAGAAGCGGAAUAAAAGUGAAGUUGACUGUUCCUCUGGACGACAUGAUGAUGAUGCUAUUGUUGUCAUCAACGUUGCUCACGAUGAAAGCAGCAAGCAGAACUUCGGCGACGCGGGCAACCCCCAGCUGAUCCGUGUAGAAGGUCGCCCACCGGGUGCGGAUUGGCCCUGCCGUGGCUUUGAGAACUCGCCAGCGUGUGACGUUCAGGCUGCAGAGAGCCUCAGAGCAGUGGGCGGUUUGUCAAAAAAGACUCGGUGGGAUAUUAUCGGGGAAAAUGACGGUCAUCCGCUGGGCAAAGAAAACCCAUUGGAAAAAGAUGACGAAAGCACAGUGGUCAGUGCGUCUCAAGAAACCACACAUUCCAAAAUCGUGGCGAGGAGUCACGGGUCGAGUUUGUCAGAGACAGGUUCUGCAUGCGAGGGAAACAAUAUCCAAAGGGACCUGCUUAAAGUUCAUGCCACUGCUGACCACAGCGACGCGUUACUGGGUCAUCCUCAGAAGACAAACAGUCACGACCCUGUGCUCACAGGAGUCCCGCCCGGCCAAAGAGAGGGGAUGCCCUCUUCCGACGUGGAAAGUGCCUCUCGGGAAAGUACGUCGUGUAGCAGAAGGCCGUCACGUCAGGAUCCUUUGGGAGCACGGCGGGAAGCCAGUGAUAGCGACAACUCUGAGUACGACUCCGAUUGUGGAGAGGAAAUCAAACGAUUGCACUCAGUGGUGGUGGUUCCCCAGAGUUCCUCUCUGACAGGCUCGCAGGACACUGCAGCCCCGCCGUGCAUUCCGCUGGAUGGUGGAGACGUCCAGAAUCGACUUGGCUCACUGCAAGACGUUGAUUCCUCUAAAGCCAGUACAUCCUGUCAGUCCCAGAGCAACACGAUCGACAGCACGAGCCACUCGGAAAGCAUCGGCUCGAUGGAGAUCAAAUCGUACGUGACUGUUGACAUGGCUGUCACGGAGCCUGCCGCCGUGGAGAAUGGUGAGCCUGAUUCAAGGAUAUGCACCUAUUACCAUACGACAUCCAGUGGCGACGGUCUGGCAUGUCGUGGUGGCUCAGCGUUGGGUUCUGAUCAGUCCCAGCUGGAGCUCCCCAGUAGUACGUUCCAACAGCCAGACAGCAGUCACGGUCUCCCGGCGCCGAGUUGUGAAGCGUUAGGAACCUCGUAUCAUGGGCAGGACCUCCGCGACGGCUCCUGGAUGCAGGACAUUCCACCUGUGCCAAUUUAUGUGACGAACUCCUACUCCCAAGCCACAGAACGAUUCCCGGAUCCCGUCAGUGAAAUCCAUCCUGACUCUUUAACAAACGACCACGAGGACUACAAGUUGUCGGGUUUAGCCAAAGCUGCUGUGGAGUACGGUGCCGCUAACAGCUCACAAUCGUCUUGCUUUGUGCAAGGUCAUGAAAUAAGCAGCAAUAGCAGAGGCUCCUCCGUCCCCGACCCUCCAAGAGAAGACCGCUUUCGGCAGCACAGGAGCAGGGGUCCCCCGAAAAAGAGACGACCGGAAAUCGAGUCCGACUCUGACAAUGAAGCCGAAGCCGGGCCUGCGGGGAAACGUGAACGUCUGGGCCAGAGCGCCGACGCUAAGGAACCGCAGGCGAAACCUGAGGCGCAGUGGCCGACUCUAAACCUGCUCGACUUUCAAGACUCCGGUAAAUGGAAGGAUUUAGCCAAAUCCAAAAAAAUGCCGCCGUAUUUCGACUUGAUCGAGGAGAAUCUCUACCUGACUGAAAGAAAGAAAAGCAAAUCUCAUCGUGAUAUCAAGAGAAUGCAAUGCGAGUGCUCAGUGUUGUCCAGAGAGGAGCGCUCCAGGGGGGUUUUAGCCUGCGGGGAAGACUGUUUGAAUCGGCUUCUGAUGAUCGAAUGCUCUUCCCGUUGCCUGAAUGGAGCCUACUGCUCUAAUCGCCGCUUCCAAAUGAAACAGCAUGCAGACUUUGAGGUCAUCCUCACCGAAGACAAAGGCUGGGGUCUUCGGGCAGCCAAAGAUUUGCCUCCAAACACAUUUGUACUGGAAUACUGUGGCGAAGUGUUGGACCACAAAGAGUUCAAAGCCAGAGUGAAGGAGUACGCUCGGAACAAGAACAUCCACUACUACUUCAUGGCUCUGAAGAACAACGAGAUCAUCGACGCCACACUGAAGGGUAAUUGUUCCCGGUUCAUGAACCACAGCUGUGAACCAAACUGCGAGACCCAAAAGUGGACGGUAAACGGCCAAGUUCGAGUGGGCUUCUUCACAACCAAGGCAGUCACAGCUGGAACGGAGCUCACUUUUGACUACCAGUUUCAGAGAUAUGGCAAGGAGGCUCAGAAAUGCUUCUGCGGCGCCCCAAGCUGCAGAGGGUUCCUGGGAGGGGAGAACAGAGUGAGUGUUCGGGCAGCUGGAGGGAAAAUGAAGAAAGAUCGCAGUCGAAAAAGUGCUCUCACCACAGUGGACGAGGAACUGGAGGCUCUGCUGGAGAACGGCGAGGGCCUCUACGACGAGAAGCAGGUGGUGUCCCUCUGCCGACUCAUGGUGCGGGUGGAGACCAUGGAGCAGAAGCUCCUCUGUCUGAAACUCAUCCAGGACACUCGGAACCCAUCGUGUCUGAAGCAGUUUCUGGAUCACCAUGGCUUGUCGCUGUUGUGGAUCUUCAUGGUGGAGAUUUCGGAAGCAAAGGGCAACAAUUCCGGUAACAUCAAGCUCCAGUUAGAGAUCAUGAAGACUCUGCAUGUGCUGCCCAUACCUACCAAGAACAUGCUGGAAGAGAGUCGAGUGCUGACUUUCAUCCAGAGGUGGGCCCAGACCAAAGCUCUCCCCCAGGCUGUGGAGAUGGACGGGUAUUCCAGUGAGAACACGUCCAGAGCUCAAACCCCUCUCAACACCCCUGAUGGCUCUGCCUCCAAGCUGGGAGCAGAGCUGGACGGGGACUCCGCCAAACCGGCCGUGUACCGACGCCUCAAAAUAAUCAGCGAGAACAGUCUGGACAGUGCGCUCUCCGACGCCAGCAAGGCCUCUGACGGGAAGGAUGAGGAUGAAGAAGCAGACGACGAGGACGGCGACGAGUCUUCCAGCGGCGGAUUGUCGGACUCUAAAGGGUUGAAAGAGGGCGCCGCCACGGAGACGACGCCUUCUGCAGUGGAUACAGAAGAGUCGCAGAAAGAGGAAACUCACAAAGAGGCAGAGACGAGCUCCAGCAGCUCGGAACACUCGCCGGCUGAGGUGAAUCACAAGACGGAGAACACUGGUGGUGAGACCAUGGAGCCCGGCGAGGAAAGGAAAAGCAGUCAGCCAGAGGUCGAGAGUUUACCUGCCGGAGAGCCGGAGAGUCAGCCAGUGACUGCUUCUGUGCACGUGAAUCUGCAGGCAGAAAAUGUGCCCCUCCGAGUGGACACCGUCGAGGUCCUUCCAGAUCAGACUUCGGAUGACAGUCCAGCAGAAACACAAAACGUGGAGCUUCCUCCUGUGAGUGAGUCAGCUGUUGUGACGCCGGAGAGCAUGGCUCCUGCCGAGGUCAUAGCUUCCCUGUCGGAGCAGCCAGCCGUCGGCACUCCCUCUCAGGAUGAGGAGGAAGGCGUGUCUGAUGUGGAGAGCGAGAGGAGUCAGGAACCGCAGAUCGGUUCCUUGGAUAUUAGUGGCAUGGCAGCCAAGCUCCUCGACGUCUGGAAGGAUCUGAAGGAGGUGUACAGAAUACCGAAGAAGAGCCAGAUUGAAAAGGACACAAACGAUCGCAGCAGAGAUCGCGAUGUUUCCUUGCCUCGAACCACUUCCGGCAGCCGGGAGCGGGACAAAGAGCGCGACAGAGAUUAUGACCGAGAUUGGGACCGAGAGCGGGAGCGAGCGUCUGACAAAAUUCCACGCAGCUCUGAGAGACGAAGGAGACGGUCCACGUCGCCACCGUCGUCCUACGAACGGAGCAGCAGGAGAGCAGAAGAACGGUUCGACUCGUCCAAGACACCGAGAGGGGUGGGGUCCAAGGAGCGCAACAAGCUGUCCACAGAGGAGCGCAGGAAGCUUUUUGAGCAGGAGGUGGCACAGCGGGAGGCUCAGAAGCACCAGCUUCAGCAGCAGCAGCAGCAGCAGCAGCAGCAGCAGCAGCUCCAAACUAUGGCUUAUGACCCAGCGCUGGCAUACGCCGCCAGCCCCGGCUUCAUCAACUAUCCUCCCGGAUUCCCCGUCCAGACCUAUGUGGAACCUUCCAACCCCAGCGCAGGCAAAGUACGGCUACCCACCCCUCCGUGUCAACCACCUCCUCCCCAACAUCUUCCCUCUGCUCCGCAGGCGACCCCAGUGUCGGACAUGACUCAGCACAUGGCCCCCGCCGGCCGCACCGCCGCCACCCCUCAGCAGGAGCCGGGGGUGGCGCUCCUUUCUGUGCCCGCCCAGGCCGCACCUCAGGUCCAAAGCCAGCAGAGCUACGCCACCAUAUGGGACCCCACCACUCAGCAGGCUGUGACGGUGCAGACGCAGCCAGCGCAGCAGUAUGCGGCGGCAGCGGCGCCCCCUCAGGCGCCGCCGCCGCAGACGGCCAUCUACUACCAAGGCCAGCCAUGUCAGACCAUCUACAGCCUGCCCGCUGCCUACCCCCAGCCCAGCGCUCCCGUCAUCCAGGCGUACGCCGAACCGACAGCCAGCUACCUGUAUCCGGGUCAUCAGCAGGGCGUGGUGGUGCAGCAAGGCGGCACCGUCACCACCAUCGUGACCUCGCAAACUGUCCAGCAGGAAAUGAUUGUAUCCAACAACGUGAUCGAUCUCCCGCCGCCCUCCCCCCCCAAACCCAAAACCAUCGUCCUGCCUCCCAACUGGAAAGUGGCCCGGGACCCUGAAGGGAAGAUCUACUACUACCACAUCGUCACCAGGCAGACGCAGUGGGACCCUCCCACCUGGGAGGCCAGCGGAGACAACCCCAGCGCGGACCACGAGUCCGAAAUGGACCUGGGCACGCCCACCUACGACGAGAAUCCUUCCAAGUUUUCCACCAAGACGGCCGAGGCGGACACCUCCAGCGAACUGGCCAAGAAGAGCAAAGAGACCUUCCGGAAAGAGAUGUCGCAGUUCAUCGUUCAGUGUCUGAAUCCUUACCGGAAGCCCGACUGCAAGCUGGGCCGAAUCAGCAACACGGAAGACUUCAAGCACCUGGCGAGAAAGCUCACCCACGGCGUCAUGAACAAGGAGCUGAAGGCCUGCAACAACCCCGAGGACCUGGAGUGCAACGAGAACGUGAAGCACAAGACCAAGGAGUACAUCAAGAAGUACAUGCAGCGCUUCGGCACGGUGUACAAACCCAAGGACGACACGGAGGUGUACUAGCCCACGCACAGGUUUGCCUUUACCACUCGCUCCGGAGGUGGACACUGAAGUGCACUGCUGCUCAACAAGCUCCGCGGGUCCUGCGCGCAGAGACCCGCCCAACCUCAGGGAGUGUCAGACUCGAGCCUCCACCACGACCCUCUCCGCCCUUUUUAGCAUUUCCCACCGUCUAAGGCUCUUAGUUGUUCCUUCGUCGGUCACGUCAAUUCCAUUUUAACAGACGACAAUAAUCCACGGAAAGGUUCCGUUACUUUUGAAACAGAUCAGUGACAGGACACAGUAGGUCAACGUGCACGCUCGUCCUCCUGCCGCCGACUCUGGAUCUGGUGCUGCUUUUAUCCGACUCCGCCUCUUAAUCACAAGACUGUUGUUUUAGCAUGGUUUUGGCCGGAGUCUGAGUCGCAUCUCUUUUGGAAACUCCCUUUUUUCCUCGUCCCCCGCUUUGCCCAGGCUUUCCUUUUUUACCGACGACUAUUUUAUUGACAACACUUAAAUGGCAGCAGGGUUUAAAUAAACUGUUUGAUGUGUUUGUUGAAUCCUCCGCGUCCUGUUUGAGAAGCAGGGACGAGGGAUUGUAGCAUUUUAACAGAUUAUCAUCCACAUAUAGAUGUUUGGGGCUGGAUAAGGUCAAGCCUGUAAAUAUGUAAUGUUGCUGUGCACAGGAGUCGGCUCAGCCAGCUUUGGAACACUGACUCACAAUUCAACAUUUCAGUCAAGGGUUUGUUUUUUUUUUAAAUGUAUAAAGACCGAACCCCUCCCCCCGCCACCUGUACUGUAAGUAUUGUGUAAGCACAUUGUCAUACUGAGUGUACAAACGUUUUAAAAGAUAAUAAACAGCUUUUGUAAAA